AUGUCUGUGAAGGGCGUGAAAGGAGCUGCAGACAUCCGGCCGUCCGCAGCUGCCAGUGUGGCGUCUCCACGUGGCCGAGCCCCGUCUCCCGGAAGGUUCCGGCACAAGGCCAUUCAGCUCAGCCUAGGCAAGAAAUUCUGCUCCAAGUCUCUGUCCAGUUCACGUACCUCCGGGAAGGAAGCAGAGGAGGCACAGAAGCGUGGCAAGAGGAGCCUGAGCCACACCUCAGCGGUGGCAGCAGCCUACGUCUCCUACCUCAACAAGCUGUUUGGACAGGAGAGAGACCUGAUGCCCCAGGAGUUGGAUGAGCUGCAGGAGGCCUUCAAGGAGUUUGACUACGACGCCGACGGCUUCAUCCACUACAAGGACAUCGCGGACUGCAUGAGGACCAUGGGCUACAUGCCCACCGAGAUGGAGCUCAUCGAGAUCAUCCAGCAGAUCAAGAUGAAGUGGGGUGGUCACGUGGACUUUGAUGACUUCUGUGAGCUCAUGGGUCCCAGGAUGCUGGCAGAGACGGCCCACAUGGUGGGGCUGAAGGAGCUGCGCUGUGCCUUUAAGCAGUUUGACUGCGACGGCGACGGCAAGAUCACCCCUGAUGAGCUGAAGGAGGCGAUGAAGGGCCUCCUGGGGGAGAAACUGAAGAAGGGGGAGCUGGAGGAGAUCCUGGCGGACAUCGACCUCAACAAGGAUGGCAACAUCGACUUUGACGAAUUUGUCAUGAUGCUGUCUGCGAGGUAAACAGAGGGACGCAAGCCCGCAACGCUUUGGAAGAACACAAGUGAAUGAAUGCAACUUUAGUAGUUGUUCCAUUUGUGAUGCAGUAUAUGUUGCACUACUGUUUGCUCCAAAGUAUUAUUGUAUACAUUUAGUAACAUAAUUGCUGCUACAUUGAACAUGGUGGGGCAUCAAUAAAUCGUAAUGCGCUACUUUAGCGCCCCUAAAAGGCUGCAGACAGAACUGCUAUCUCUUGUUACUGUAAAUAAACAACUAUAAUA